CAUCCUCCUAGAGCCAAACAAAAGAAAGAGAACGAGAGAACAACGUUAGGACCUCAAUGUCCACCCUAUGCCUGGUUUUAAAGCAGACACAGUGUAGCAUAUGUACAGACGGGGAGCAGCCCCCUCUGUGAGUUUCCUCAGGGAGGGAAACUAUGGGAAACUUAGCCACAAAUGAUCAGAACUGUAACAAUGAGGCUGGCUAGCUGGAGACCUGUGGCUGGUGACCAGGAGCUGUGAGCAAAGAGAGGAGGGACACCAGUCGUGGAGUUAAUGGGGGAACUGGGGGUACUGUGCUUGGAGAGCGGGGGUUAGAUGAGAAAACGAUGUAGGGCUGCAAAUACAUAAAGAAAAAGGGAUAAUGUGGCAGGAGAGAGCAGGAAGACCGGGCUGACAUGAAUAAGUUGGACUGGAGAAGAGAGUGCUGGAUAGGAGAGAAAAGUGCUUGACUGUACAAAAAAUCUUAUGAUCGCCCUCCUGCACUGGGUUUUAGUGGCCACGGCGUAACAAACGCACGCUGUAAGGAGUGCAUGUACACCUGGAGCCACACACGAGCAUCACACACACGGUGUGACACAAACGCACAGGCCGUAACACACACACAGGGGUUAACAGGCGCACGGUGCCAUGAAAACACGCGGUGUCACACGCAAACACACAGAACACGCGGAGAACAAGACGCACACUGCGGAACUCACUCGCACACCGCGGCCCCCGCGCAUGCGCGCCCCCGCGGCGGCCGCUCCCCGCGCGCACGCGCAGCGCCGCGCCGUGCCCGCGGCGGGCGCGCGCGGUGCAGUGUGGGAAGGAGGCGGCCCCGGCCCGGCGGAGCGCGGCGCUGAAUCCUCCCGGCCGCUCACAGCACUGUGGAGCCGCUUCCCGCCCCAUCUCCCCUCCGGCCGCCGCCGCCGCCGCCUCCUCCUCCACCCCACACACGCAUCCUCCCCCCCGCCCCCCUCCCGCCGGCCCGCCGAUUUAAAGGGGCAGCGGCGCCGGCCGGGGGGAACCAUGCCGAACUUCUGCGCGGCGCCCAACUGCACCCGCAAGAGCACCCAGUCCGACCUGGCCUUCUUCCGCUUCCCCCGGGAUCCGGCCAGAUGUCAGAGAUGGGUAGAGAACUGUCGAAGGGCAGAUUUAGAAGAUAAAACUCCAGAUCAACUCAACAAACAUUACAGAUUGUGUGCUAAACAUUUUGAGACUUCUAUGAUAUGCAGAAGUAGCCCAUACAGAACAGUUCUACGGGAUAAUGCUGUGCCAACUAUAUUUGAUCUUACAAGUCACCUGAACAAUCCCCACAGCAGACAUAGGAAAAGGAUAAAAGAGCUGAGUGAAGAGGAAAUAAGAACAUUGAAGCAGCAAAAGAUUGAUGAAGCUUUUGAACGGAAACAGGCAACUCAAGAAUUGAAUGAAAACAAUGAGCAAAAUACUGUCUCAGAGGAAGGAGGGGAAGAACAAGAGGAAAAAGCUGUCCCCUUAACACUGGAAGAAAGAGAAAACAAAGAUUACCUUAAAUCAUUAUUUGAAAUUUUGAUCCUAAUGGGUAAACAAAAUAUUCCAUUGGAUUGCCAUAAUGUUGAUGAACUUCCAGAAGGUAUUUUUGCUUCAGAUAACUUUCAGGCUCUGCUGGAAUAUAGAAUAAAUGGUGGCGAUGAAGUUCUGAGGAAACGAUUCGAGAUGACUGCAGUCAACCUUGAGUAUUGUUCGAAAACUCAGCAGAAACAAAUGCUUGAGAUCUGCGAAAACUGUGUUAGAGAGGAGACACUGAGGGAAGUAAGAGACUCGCACUUCUUUUCUAUUGUCACUGAUGAAGUAGUAGACAUAGCAGGGGAGGAACAUCUGCCAGUGUUGGUGAGGUUUGUUGAUGAUUCUCACAAUCUAAGAGAAGAAUUCAUAGGAUUUUUACCAUAUGAGGCUGAUCCUGAAAUUUUAGCUGUUAAGUUCCACGCAACUAUUACUGAAAAGUGGGGUCUAAACAUGGAGUACUGUCGGGGUCAAGCCUACAUUGUCUCCAGUGGAUUUGCUUCUAAAAUGAAAGUUGUGGCUACAAGACUCUUGGAAAAGUAUCCACAAGCUGUGUAUACACUCUGUUCCUCCUGUGCCUUAAAUGUUUGGCUGGCAAAAUCUGUUCCUGUUGUUGGUGUUUCCAUUGCAUUAGGAACAAUUGAAGAAGUUUGCUGUCUUUUUAAUCAAUCUCCACAAUUAUUAGUAGAACUGGACAACACAAUUUCUGCUCUUUUUCAGGACAAUGACGAGAAGGGUAAUGAGUUGAAGAAGAUCUGCCGUUCUCAGUGGACAGGCAGGCAUGAUACUUUUGAGGUUUUAGUGGACCUCCUGCAAGCACUGGUAAUGUGCUUGGAUGCUGUGAGUAGUGACUUGUCUGUCAGGUGGAACAACUUCAUCGUCGGUCGAGCAUUUGUACUUUCAAGUGCAUUAACAGAUUUUGAUUUCAUUGUCACUAUUGUAAUUAUGAAAAAUGUUCUGUCUUUUACGAGAGCAUUUGGAAAAAAUCUCCAGGGACAAACAUCAGAUGUGUUCUUUGCAGCUGGCAGCUUAACAGCAGUAUUGCACUCUCUGAAUGAAGUGAUGGAGAAUAUUGAAGUUUACCAUGAAUUUUGGUUUGAGGAAGCCACAAAUUUGGCUACAAAACUGGAUGUACAAAUUAGACUCCCAGGAAAAUUUCGCCGGGCACAACAGGGGAACUUUGACCCUGAUAUGACAUCAGAAAAUUACUACAAAGAAAUCCUAAGUGUUCCAACAGUAGAGCAUAUUAUUCAAGAAUUGAAAGAUAUUUUCUCAGAACAACAUUUAAAAGCUCUUAAAUGUUUAUCGUUAGUGCCCUCAGUCAUGGGACAACUCAAAUUCAAUACAUCUGAGGAGCAUCAUGCUGACAUGUUCAAAAAUGACUUGCCCAAUCCAGACACACUUUCUGCUGAGCUUCACUGUUGGAGAAUCAAGUGGAAGCACAGAGGAAAAGAUAUUGAACUUCCAGCUACCAUUUAUGAAGCACUUCACUUACCUGACAUAAAGUUUUUCCCUAAUGUUUAUGCAUUGCUUAAAGUCUUGUGCUUGCUUCCAUUGAUGAAGGUGGAGAAUGAAAAAUACGGAAUAGGACGAAAGCGCUUAAAGGCAUACCUGAAAAACACCUUGACAGGGCAAAGGUCAAGCAACCUUGCUUUGCUGAACAUUAACUUUGACAUAAAACAUGACUUAGAUUUGAUGGUGGAUACUUAUAUUAAACUCUAUCCAGAUAAAGCAGAAUUUCAAGACUGUAUUCCUUCAAACAAUUCUGAAGUAACAGAUGAUGCCUAACUUUUUAAGCUCUAACCAAUCCGUUGAAACAGCUUGUUCUUAAUUAAGUUUCAAAGCUGGGGAGAAAAACUGGUGAAAUCUUAAAAAAUCACUGCAAUUGUGUUUCCAUUAUAGGCCUUGGACUGAACAAGCUGUGGUCAAUGACCUAAAUUAUGUGUUGUUAGUCCACACUAAAUGUGUUUGGCAAACAAAAUCAAGCCUGACACAAGCCCAUGCUGUUGGCAGAGGUGCUUUCUACAUCUGAUUGGCUUAACUAGGUGCUCAUUUACUUUAUUGCAUCGUGGAAAAAGUACAUUAUGAUUGUAGAUCUGAUGGGGCUGUUACGUAUUCACUGAUGAAUUAGGAUGAGAAAGAAACUCAAAAUAUUAAAAGGUGUAAUCUAUUUCAGUUCUGUUACUUAGGAAUUUUUUUUAAAAAAACAAACUUUUAAGAAAGUCUUUGAUGUAUAUUUGAGUGGCAUUUUGGAGAGUGGAUUCAGCUCUUGCACGCUCCCUGUGCUGUGGACAGGUCUCAGUGUAAAGUGAAUGUCAGUGAUAUAGGGGAACUUUUACGGUUUUGUUGGAAGAGUCAACCUCUUUAAUCUCUUGAUGACUGUUUACAUUCCUUUGUGUCAGACACAAAACUUUUUUCUUUAGGCUUAACAGGCAUGGCAAUAUUUAAAUUCCUAAAUGACACUAAAAACUUAAAAUUUAUUCCACAAACAUUUAAAUCUGUUUGCUCUGCCCCGACUCUGACACAAACCCAUGCAUCUUAUGUUUAUUUGUAAACUCACUCUGGAAAGAUUAAAAUAAGAGUUUGUUGUUUGUCUAGAAGUAAGAUUGAAAAUAUUGCUGUUAUUUUUGGUGAGAAUGAAACAUUUUUGUACAGUUUAUGGAAAUUUAAAAUAAAAUGUGAAUUGCUUUUUACAUA